CUGUCUCAGUUUUACAGAAAAUAAGACAUGAUACACUGACAACAUUUGGAAAUAAACAUUGGAAAUAUGAUGGAAGCAUAAAUCUCAAGACUUUAAAACAAAACAGAAAUGGCUCACGAGUAUUGAAACAAGAGACCGAAGAGCCUCCAACACUUCAGUGUGAGCAGUGGAAAAGGAACAACUACCAUGGUAACACUAAUAACAGAAAAGCUGCAGAACCAGAGCUUGGAUGAUCUGACAUGUAAAACAUACAAUAUUAAUCUGUACUCAUCUGAGAAGCUGAACAAAAGUGGCAGCUUGUUCCCUUUCGAAAUCAACGAAGACAGCCCUUGGAAAGCUUUAAAUGGGGGUUGCCCUAUUCAGACUGACACAACAAGGAAUUCAGCUUACCCUUUCCCAGUGUGCCCAUUCAGCACCGGCACUGCCAGUAAUGGUAGUCUGCAGUGGCAACAGGAAUCUUCCAGUACGUCUAUGGUGUCAGGAUGGAUAAGUGAAUUAAACCUUAACGAAAACUCGAGUCAGCCGUUGGCACCGCCAACAAAACGCCAUUGUCGGUCCCUCUCUGAGCCAGAUGAGCUGGCUCGCUGUCGGUCACCGUGGAAGCCUGGCAAUUCAAAGGUUUGGACUCCUGUGUCAAAAAGACGGUGUAAUAGUGGUGGCAGCGCUACCUUGCAACGCUGCAACAGUCAUGGAAGUGCAACCUUACAGAGAAGCACAAGCAUCAGUCUGCCACAAAACGUACUGUCACUAAAUAACAUCUUCACGAUCACCAGCUUCAACACGUCACCAGUACCCAGACCUUCCUCUGCCAGCAGCGGGUUUGUGGACAGUAGCGAGGGAAGCACAAGCUCGAGUACCCGCUGGAAUUCUGGAGGCCCUUGUGACUUUAACCCAAGGCGCCGCCUCUCCCUCUCCCAGGAGCAUAUCACCGAGACGGGAAACCUCUUGCCUUCAGCCAACAGCACUCCCACCUCCACACCCGAGCUCAGCCGGCGUCAGGGCUUGUUGAGAUGCCGCUCUCAGCCUUGCGUUCUGAAUGAAAAGAAAAGCCGGCUAAAGCGCAGACGGGAGGAGGAUGUACGAUGGAACAGACCGUCAUUAGACUUUUUUAAAAUGACACGG